CAGCGUGGUAGGCACAACAAGCUCAGCGGUCGGUCUGUUCACUCCUCUCUGCUCCCACUGCAGUUCCUCCGCGGCACAGGAGCACCUCACCGACCCGCCCGGCUCCACAAGGACGGAGAAAUGAGCUGGUCCUGCGCCGCUCACAUCGCACUAACGUGAGCGUGUCACGGCUCGAUUUUAACGGACACACUCGCACGCGCACACACAGAAGACCCGCACCGGUCUGCUGUUUACAGAUCCCCAGCUCGGUGUCGGACAGUCCCACCCGCAGCCCUGACCAUGGCGGAGAGAAGUGGCCGGCUGAGUUUCCCCGGGAGCGGGGCGCUCAACAGACCGGUCCCCAUGAACCUGUUUGCAACCUGGGAGAUAGACGGAUCCUCCCCGAACUGCAUCCCGAGAUUGUGCAGUCUGACUCUGAAGAAGCUGGUGGUGAUGAGGGAACUUGAUAAAGAGCUCAUCUCUGUGGUCAUAGCGGUUAAAAUUCAGGGCUCCAAACGGAUCCUGAGGUCCCAUGAGAUUGUGCUGCCACCCAGUGGGUCUGUGGAGACCGAUCUGGCUCUCACCUUCUCACUGCAGUACCCUCACUUCUUAAAACGAGAAGGAAACAAGCUGCAGAUCAUGCUGCAAAGGCGGAAGAGAUACAAGAACCGAACUAUCCUGGGCUACAAGACGCUCGCAGUGGGAUCUAUCGAUAUGGCCGAGGUGAUGCAGCACCCGACGGAGGGAGGCCAGGUUCUUCCUCUCUGCAGCAACCAGAAAGACAUGCUGGGGAAGGUGGCCGAGAUCUGGAUCUUCUCUCUGUCCAGUCAGCCGAUAGACCACGAGGAGGCGGCCCUGCAGGGAGGACAGAAGAUCAAAUGCUCCGAUAACUACUCAGAGGAGGAGUACGAGAGCUUCUCCUCAGAGCAGGAGGCCAGUGAUGAUGCUGUGCAGGGACAGGAUCUGGAAGAUGAUGAGUACGAUGUGAGGAAGCCAAAGAAGCAGAGGAGGUCGAUUGUGAGGACCCCCUCCAUCACCAGACAGCAGAACUUUAAGCAGCGAGUCGUGGCUCUACUGAAGCGCUUCAGAGUUUCAGACGAGGUGCUGGACUCGGAGCAGGACCCCGCAGAGCCGCCCCCUGAAGUGGAGGAGGAGGACCUGGACUUGGACAGUGUAGAGUUUGAGAACCCAAGUGACAGCGGCCCUGAGCUAGAUGACGACGACAGCGUCCUCAGCACACCAAAACCUAAACUCAAGCCAUAUUUUGAGGGUCUCUCCCUCUCCAGCUCUCAAACUGAAAUCGGAAGCAUCCACAGCAGCCGGAGCCACCGGGAGCCUCCGAGCCCGAUCGACCCAGAUAAAACAAAGUGUGCUGGGGCCAAAUUUCCAGAUGAUGGUGUGUCUGAUAACGUCUCCUUUGAGCAGCCAGAGGCGGUGACUCCGACCACGGAGCUGGAGAUGGACAACAUGGACACAUUUUUAGAGAGACUGCCACCGAGUGGCAAAAUGACCAAGACAGAGUCCCUAAUCAUUUCAUCCAACAGGCAGGAACCGAAGUUGGCAGGGAGGCGAGGCAGGAGCACGUCGCUGAAGGAGCGGCAGCCCAGCAGGCCACAAAAUGAGAGGGCCAACAGCCUGGACAACGAGCGGUCCCUGGACACACGCUGCCACCUACAGAUCCCAAGAAAGACAGUUUAUGACCAACUAAACCACAUCCUGGUGUCUGAUAACCAGCUCCCUGACAGCAUCAUCCUCAUCAACACGUCAGACUGGCAGGGCCAGUAUCUUUCAGAUAUGCUGCAAAACCACCACCUCCCAGUGGUCUGCACCUGCACCACGGCCGACAUCCAGGCUGCGUUCAACACCAUCGUCUCCCGCAUACAGAGAUUUUGCAACUGUAACUCCCAGACGCCCAUUCCCAUAAAGAUCGCCGUGGCCGGAGCACAGCACUACCUCAGUGCUGUUCUGAGGCUCUUUGUGGACCACCUCUCCCAUAAAACCCCUGACUGGCUCGGCUACAUGAGGUUCCUCAUCAUCCCACUAGGUGCACAUCCUGUCUCCAAAUAUCUCGGCACUAUCGACUAUCGUUACAACAGCUUGUUCCAAGAUGCUGCCUGGAGGGACCUGUUUCACAAACCAGAGGCUCCUGUUGUUGCCCAGGAGAGCCCAGACGUGGUGUCGAGGGUGACUCAGUACAUGGUGGGAGCUAACGGAGCUCACCAGCUUCCCAUCGCAGAGGCCAUGCUCACCUACAAACAGAAGAGGAAAAAGAGCUUUCAUUUUGAUUUUGCAGUAAGUCUCUCUGUUUCUUCCCUGGGGGGGCGAUGGCAGGUUUCUUCAAGCCCUGAUGAGGACUCAUGUCAGAAAUUCAUCCCUUUCAUCGGGAUGGUGAAAGUUGGCCUCGUGGAGCAAACAUCUGCCGCGUCAGGAGACUCUGAUGACGCAGCGCCUCUGAGCUCCUCGCUGCUCUCCUCCACUCCUCCACAAGUAUCACCUGCACUCAAAGAGGCGUCGCCCACCCCACCCUCCUCUCCGUCUGUAACCGCCAGCUUCUGUGCUUACAGUUCUGUAGGGCAGGCGGAGCUGAUGGGGCUUCAGGUGGACUACUGGGUGGCUCCGACAGAAAGGAAGAAAGACGUGGAGAAGCGGGACUCCUCCUCCAAAAACACUCUGAAGUGCAAUUUCCGCUCGCUGCAGGUCAGCCGGCUGCCACUGGGGGGCGCAGAGCCGAGCCCCCAGCCCACCAUGUCCAUGACUGUGGUGACCAAGGAGAAGAAUAAGAAGGUCAUGUUCCUGCCAAAAAAGAGCAAAGACAAGGAGGUGGAGCCGAAGAGUCAAGUCAUCGAGGGCAUCAGCCGGCUCAUCUGCACUGCCAAGCACCAGCAGACCAUGCUGAGAGUACUGAUCGAUGGCGUUGAGUGGAACGACGUCAAGUUUUUCCAGCUGGCGGCACAGUGGUCCUCACACGUCAAACACUUCCCCAUCGGGAUCUUUGGACACACAAAAGGCCCUUACUAGCAGCACCUGAGAGACUGAAACACUGAGGACAGCUCCCCCCAUCGUCCCUUUCCCCUGUGCCAACAGCUUUUAACCCCCUCCUCCCCACUUUCCCCUCUGCACACUUCUUCUAUUCUGCUGUCUUAAUUUAAGCUCCUGUUGCAUUUGUCUCGUUAUUUAAUCUUUUGCGUGUUCUUUUUUAAUUUUCUAUUUAUGUGAAAAUGUCUCGAGGCAAAGCUGCCGGCGGAAUAUUUCUUUACUCGGCUUUUUAAAAGAGAAGAAUCCUGCUGAUGUUUUAUAGACUUUUGAGAAAAAAUACAAAUAAUAAUUAGACAUUAAUUCUAAUCUUUAACAUACUGUACCAGUGUCCAGGUUUCACCCUCUGCCAUCUUUUUUUUUUUUUUUUUUAAAUUUGGUGACGCCGGUUUUAAUCACUUGGCCGGCACAUUUAAUCAAGAAUAUAUAAAAAAAACAAAACAAGAGCAGCUGCCUUGUAAUAAAGUGAAAGAAGUUCAUCUUAUUUUCUAACCGUGACAAAGAAAUUUGGAAUUCUCAGCUUCAGAGACUGUUGUCGAUUCAUCGUCGUAACCCUGGAGAGGAAGAAGUAAACGGCCCCAGAGCUUCGGCUCUCUGCACUCAAUGAAGAAGUCUCACGUGCAAUAGACUGAAUACUGUGUGGAUGGAUUCUGAAUAAUAACCUGGCACUGACAGACGAUUACACACUGCUCUUAGUCGUGGUUUUCACUCUAUGUAACCUUCCUUAAAGUUACUUUCUCCUUCUGGUAAAUUGGCUUCAGGUUUGAAGAGUUUUGCUCUGAAGUGAGACAUAUGAGAAAAUUAUGAAUAGCACAAAACGAACCACUUUGUAGAUGGUAGAACAGACUGAAAGGAAUAGGAUGACAUUUUGGGAAAUUUGCUUUCUUUUUGAGAGUUUGAUGAGACGAUGGAUAGCCUAAUGUCUGCAAAGUAAAUAGAGAUCUGCAGGGAUGGUGUUUAUUUGUAGGCCUACACUGAAGUUAGCUUCGCCCUGGUUCAUGCAACAAAAUGCCAAUGGGAUUUUUCCAAUCCAGGAAAUAAGCCCUGUUGCAAACAAAAGUUUAUGAUUUGUACAUGUUUUGUUCAGCAAGAUAAUCUUCACAAACGAACACCACUUUUAUGAUUUUUAUUUAUUUGCAAGAAUUAAAAAGCUAACGUUAGGCUACAAACGAGCUACACCACGAUUGCAUGACUUCAACAACACCACCACAACGAGGCUGUAAAACAGUUUCAGUACGAUCUAACCAAAUCUAACCAAAACAUCCAUUGACUUUGAGACAAGGGAACCAGAAGUGCCAAAAUGCUAACUAAUUUCUUCAUUUUAAGACUCAUUCCUGCAGCAAUAUGUGGCUAGAGCUAGCAGCUGAUUUGAGUAGCUUAGCAUAAAGACUGGAAUAAGGGGGAAACAGCUAGCCUGGCUCAGUCCAAAGGCACGAAAAUCCACUUACCAGUAUCUGUCAAGCUCAUUUACUAACAUGCAUUAGGCUAUCUGGUUUGUUAAACAAGUACAAAAACCAGUGUGUAAAAACAACAGAGGGGAAUUAGAGGAAAUAGUUGGACACAUUCCUCCCUGAAAAUCCACAACAUGUCAUUUUAUAUCGUCUAGUUUUUGUAAAGAUUUCAGAAAAUAGAGAUAAAAUGUUUAUUUUUUUCUCUUUGGACAGAGCUAUGCUAGCUGUUU